UGUGUUUUUUCAAUUUUAUUCAAUAUAAUUAACAUUUCAAUUAAAUGCAUCAACAAACUAUAGGGACAUAAGAUUUCACGAUCAUCCCUAAUCCCCGUAUUUAUCGGGGACUCUUUUAGAGGGGUAAUAAUAAAAGAACAGCUUCAAAAUGAUGCACAGAAGAGGAGGUAAACGAAUACGCAUGGAUGAUCCAGUACCUCCAGAGUAUGAAGCACCAAUGACUCCAAUGACUCCCAUGAAUGACAAUUCAGGGGGUGAAGCACAUGAAUCUUAUUCUACUUAUGCACCAUAUAGCCAGGCACCUCAAACACCUAUACAUAAUCCAACUCCUGAACAUUAUUCAUCAGAAAGCUAUAGCUCUCCAGGUACAUCACAGCCACAAUAUCAGGAACAAACAAGUUUUGAAAAUCAGACCCAAUUUGAACAACCUAUGACACCAGCAACUCCAACUAAUAUGAGGAUCACAAGGAAUACACGUGCUAGAUUACGUGGAGGACCAAUACAACAACCAAAGUAUAAAGAAAUAGAUACAGAUUACAUUCCAACUACAAGUACUAGAGGAAGAGGAGGUGGUGGACGUGGACGUGGAAAACGUACACAUCAUUCACAUAGUUUAGAAGAUGAAGCUAGUCUUUAUUACGUCAUUAGAAACAAUCGAUCUUCAUUAACUGUAUGUUAACUAUGUUUAAACAAAUUUAAAAGUAAUAGAGAAAACGCUCUUCUUAUGUUAAUGCAAUUUUUUAUUAAUGCAAGUGGGUGUAAAGGUCGCAUUACGUCUGAGAUGCAAGCAACAAUGGAACAUGUGGCAAUUAUUCGUAAAAUGACUGAAGAAUUUGAUGAAGAAAGUGGAGAAUAUCCAUUGAUAAUGACUGGUCAACAAUGGAAAAAAUUUCGUGCAAAUUUUUGUGAAUUUGUUCAAAUCUUAGUUCGACAAUGUCAGUACUCAAUCAUCUAUGAUCAGUUUUUGAUGGAUAAUGUAAUUUCAUUAUUAACUGGUCUUUCGGAUUCACAAGUAAGAGCUUUCAGGCAUACUGCUACACUAGCUGCUAUGAAACUUAUGACUGCACUUGUAGAUGUUGCUCUCACUGUAUCAAUAAAUUUGGAUAAUACACAACGGCAAUAUGAAGCUGAAAGGCAGAAAGCUAGAGAAAAAAGAGCUGCAGAUAGAUUAGAAUCAUUAAUGGCAAAACGAAAAGAACUUGAAGAAAAUAUGGAUGAGAUAAAAAAUAUGCUCACAUAUAUGUUCAAAUCAGUAUUUGUACAUCGCUAUAGAGAUACAUUGCCAGAAAUUCGAGCAAUUUGUAUGGCAGAAAUAGGUGUAUGGAUGAAGAAAUUUCAUCAAAACUUUUUAGAUGAUUCUUAUUUAAAAUACAUAGGUUGGACAUUACAUGAUAAAGUUGGCGAAGUUCGAUUAAAAUGUCUUCAAGCAUUACAACCAUUAUAUGCAUCAGAAGAAUUGAAAACUAAACUUGAACUUUUCACAAGUAAAUUUAAAGAUAGAAUUGUUGCAAUGACAUUGGAUAAAGAAUAUGAUGUAGCAGUACAAGCUGUUAAGCUUGUUAUUUCAAUUUUAAAACAUCACAGAGAAAUUCUUACUGACAAAGAUUGUGAACAUGUAUAUGAACUUGUUUAUUCAUCUCACCGUGCUGUCGCGCAAGCUGCAGGUGAAUUUUUAAAUGAACGUUUAUUUCGCCCGGAUGAUGAAGCAGUAGCAGGUGUAAAAACUAAACGUGGAAAGAAGCGUUUACCAAACACUCCACUUAUUCGAGAUCUUGUUUUAUUUUUUAUUGAAUCCGAACUUCACGAACACGGAGCAUAUUUGGUAGAUUCUUUGAUAGAAACAAAUCAGAUGAUGAAAGAUUGGGAAUGUAUGACAGACUUGUUACUAGAAGAGGCUGGACCUGAAGAAGAAGCUUUAGAUAACCAAAAAGAGACGUCUUUGAUUGAAUUAAUGGUUUGUUGUAUAAAACAAGCUGCUACAGGUGAAGCUCCAGUUGGUCGAGGACCAACUAGAAAAAUUUUAUCAGCAAAAGAAAUGAAGCAAGUUCAUGAUGAUAAACAACGGUUGACAGAACAUUUUAUUCAAACACUACCUCUGUUACUUGAUAAAUAUAGAGCAGAUCCUGAAAAACUUGCAAAUUUACUUGCUAUUCCUCAAUAUUUUGAUUUGGAUAUUUAUACAAAGUCUCGACAAGAGCAAAAUUUAGAUUCGUUAUUGAAUAAAAUUCAUACAAUUGUAGAAAAAAUGCACGACACUGAAGUUCUAGAUACAGCUGCAAAAACAUUGGAACAUAUGUGUAUAGAAGGACACGCUAUUUUUACUAGAUGUGAUGUAGCACGCUCAACAUUAAUUGAUUCCAUUGUAAAUAAAUAUAAAGAAGCUAUUGAUGAAUAUAGAAAUUUAAUAGAGGGAAACGAAGAACCAGAUGAAGAUGAAAUUUUCAAUGUUGUACAAUCUUUAAAAAAAGUUUCAAUAUUCUAUUCCUGUCAUAAUAUGAAUCCAUGGGGCAUAUGGGAUUCUUUGUAUAAAGAUAUUGAAGAUGCCAAAGAUCCAUCUAAAUGUCUACCACACGAGGCAGUUAAAUAUUGCAUAAGUGCGUGCUUUUUUUCGAUUUUGUGGGGACAAAAUCACCUUAUGGAAACUGCAGAUUCUGGAAAUCGAGGUGAAGAUGAAUGUCGUCAAUUAAAAGAACGAUUACACUCUUUUAUGGGCUCUAUGCGUUAUUUUGUUAGUGGUGACGUAAACGGCACGCCUUCUCCACCCAUUUUAAGAGAGGAAGCAUACAAUACAAUAUGUGAUUUAUUGGUAGUAUUUUGUAAUCAAUUAACAACACAUUCUAAUCCUUUAAUGCACCAGUUAGUAUAUGAACCAGAUCAAGCAAUGCAAAAUAUGCUUAAUCGGUUUAUACAGGAAUACGUAUUUUUUGACGAAGAGGAUGAUGAACAUGAUGAACAUUCGAAGAUUGAAGAAUUACAUAAAAGGAGAAACUUUUUAGCCGGUUAUUGCAAGUUAAUUGUAUAUAACAUGAUACCCACAAAAGCAGCAGCAGACGUCUUUAAACAUUACGUAAAAUACUACAAUGACUAUGGUGAUAUUAUUAAAACCACAUUAGGAAAAGCCAGAGAUAUUAAUAAAACAAAUUGUGCUUUGACUAUGCAACAUAGCUUAAAUAUUUUAUAUAAUGAAAUAGUAGCAGAGAAGGGCAAAGUUAAUAGAAAUAGUGAAGAAUUUACUGCAAUAAAGGAACUUGCAAAACGAUUUGCUUUAUCAUUUGGCUUAGAUGCGGUAAAAAAUCGUGAGGCAAUUACUGCUUUGCAUCGAGCAGGUGUUCUUUUUGCGAUUACACCACCAGACGGCAUUGAACAAGAUCCCACUGGUCCACCACCUAAUUUAUCUUUCCUUGAAAUUUUAUCUGAAUUCACAAAUAAGCUUCUUAAGCAAGAUAAACGAGUGGUAUUAAAUUUCCUUGACAGAAGAUUACAAGCUGGAAUGCCGUCCUCACGGGGUGAGGAUUGGCAACCUUUACUUUUAUACAGGAACAGCUUAUUACAUGGCGAAACAGAUCAGGUCCCAGUAACGAGUAAACGUGCAUAUACAAGACGAAAGAAGGAUCAUUUAGCCGAAGGUUCUGAUCAUGAGUUUUCUGGUAAACACAAGAAGAAACGUGGUCCAAGGAAACAUCAAUUAGCUGUUAAUAAAAUAUCCAUAACUCGUGGAUCUAGGGCAGCUGGAUUUUAUGAAAAUAACGACACUACACAAAUGCAGAUAUCUCCAACAACAAUUAUUGAAGAUGCAUCAACCAGUCCUUCUCAAGAUAUAGAUAAUAAACUUAAAACAUUGCAAAUUCAGUCAAGAUCUCGAAGAAACCAAGAUAACAUAGAACCAAGAGAAUUAAGAAGAACUUCUAGAAAUUCUGGACGUUAUGUAGAAGGUCAAUACAUGGAGUCUGAUUCUGAAUAA